GGCUGGUCACUCUCGAGAUUAGCGUUUUCGUCAAAGUGAGCAAAUUUCGUUGUUUUCCGGUGCAGUUUUCGCUGGUGAUUGCUGAAAACUUCUGGCGCGAAGAGAACUGCGACGCAAAAAAGCAUAGGGAAAGCAAGGAGAGGAAGGUCACCAGAGGAGUCCAGAGUAAAAAAUCCACACAAUAAUCCAAGAGGCAUGUCACAAGCGGAGAAAAUGCAGGGACAGGAGCACGACGAUGAGCAGUCCUCCGACAUAGAGGAGUCUGGUGACGGCGUAGGGCGUGAUGAUCAGACCGACGACGAUGAUAACUACAAUGAGGACAGCAAUGGUGAUAUGCAGCAGGAGCAGAAUGAUAAUGGCCAGAAUGGGCAGAAUGGUGGACAGUCGGGUGACGAGCAACAGGGCAAUGGCAACAACUCCCAGCAGCAGCAGCAUCAGCAGCAGAUGGAUCGCUCUAGUGCCACCAAUCUGAUCAUCAACUACUUGCCGCAAGACAUGUCCGAUCGUGAGCUGUUCAACCUAUUCAGCGGCUGCGGCCCCAUCAACACAUGCAAGAUAAUGCGCGACUUUAAGACCGGUUAUAGCUUUGGCUAUGGCUUCGUGGAUUACAAAUCCGAAUCGGACUCUGAGGAUGCCAUCCAGAAGCUAAAUGGAUUCUAUGUGCGCAACAAACGCUUAAAGGUAUCGUACGCUCGUCCUGGCGGUAUGGCCAUCAAGGAUACCAACCUGUACGUGAUCAAUUUGCCGCGCAACAUCAACGACGAUAUGCUGGACAGAAUAUUUUCACCCUAUGGCAGAAUUGUUCAGCGCAAUAUAUUGCGGGAUAAGCUCACAGGACGUCCGCGAGGUGUUGCAUUCGUGCGCUACAACAAACGCGAGGAGGCCCAGGAGGCAAUCAAGAUGCUGAACAAUACAGUUCCAGAGGGCGGACAACAGCCAAUUUGGGUGCGCCUGGCCGAGGAGCACGGCAAGGCGAAGGCGGCUCAGUUCAUGUCCCACAUUGGGGGCGGUGGUGGCGGCGGCGGUAUGAACGGUCCGCCUCACAUGGGCGGCGGCGGUGGCGGACCUUUGCAGCCGCCUCACCAUCAUAACAACAACAAUCACCACAACAAUCCGCAUAUGCAGCCACACUACCAUCAGCAGCCACAGCAGCAUCCGCAUCAGCAUCACCAUCCGCCGAUGCACCACCAGCAGCAGCAGCAACACCACCACCACCACCAGCAGCAGCACCACCAGAACCAUCACCACAACAACCACAACAAUCACCACAAUAUGGGACCCCAUCCACACCACAUGCAGCAGAUGCACCAAAUGAACAUGGGCAUGGGCAUGGGCGUUGGAAUGGGUAUGGGCAGGGGCAUGCCCAUACACGGCGGUGGAGGAGGCGGUGUUGGUGGUGGGAACGGCGGCAACGGGGGUGGAGGCGGAGGUGGUGGCGGAGGCUUCCAUCAUAUGGCGCACAGAGGUAGAUCAAAUAGACAGACACGAUCUCAAAAACCGCAUCCAUAUAACCAUGCACAGAAAUUUAUUUAAAACAAAAACACAAACACACACACACACAAAACACACAC